UAUGCUGUUUGGUUAAAUCUGAAAAGUAAAACCUGUAAAUUGAUGAGCUUUCACCAGUUUACACGUGAUUGUAGUCAUAUAUGCGAAGUGAAAAUCUACCACGUAGCUUACAGGUUCAACCGCACAACAUGGCGGAUAAUGUUACGUCUUUGUCACGUGGGUGCAAACAGCCGAUGCCAGCGUAACGUGGAAGGGUCCACUCUUGCACAGGGGAUUCAAAUUAAGAUUUUUGAGUGAGGUAAUAAUGUUGCGAUAGUCCAAGUAUGGCUACAUGAAGUAGAAGUAGCAUUUGGAUGGCCCAUUUCUUCAAAAGGGUGAUGUAUUAUAGUCCAUUUUUUUGCAUGGGGAGGGACUGAAAUAUGCUAGAUUUGCUCGCAAAUGUUGCCUUUCUAGUUGUUCUUAUUUUCCUUGUAGGCUGCAGUCCCGAUGUACAUAGGAUUUCAGUUUAUACCAAAGGGAAGCCUGACUGUUUUUGCUGUUAGCAUUGGUAUAGGCGUCACUGCGCUUGCACAAAUGUUUAUACCAUGGUUGAUGGUCAGUGACAUUACAGAAGACUGCUACCUACAGACCGGUGAAAGACUGGACACUCCCUUCGUCGCCAUCCUCUUGUCCUGUGGCAGUCUCGCCAUCACCGUGGGACUGAUCAUGGCCACCAUCGCGCUGGAAAUCGGAGGCUACAAACUAGGAUCUUGUACUCAGCCUGACACGGUGGGAAGCGCCUUGCGGAUUCUGCUAUCAGCGUUUACGUCAGUCCUGACCUUCAUCGGUGUGGUGUUUGCAUGGAGAUAUCCCAUCACUGAGGACAGGCGGAAAGAAAUCGCCGAGGCCAUCAAUAAACGAAAACUUUCAAGGGACGCCCAACUUGACGAGAUCCAGCGAAACGGAAGCCUGUCCAACAUGAACGGAAAAGCUCUUCUGCCUGAGGAGUCUUCGAAGCCAGAAGGAUUACAGGAAGAAAACAAACUUCUGUCGUCAGAACUGGACUUGUCUGUACUUUUAGAUUGUAGAGAAUCAGUGGUAUGAUGCGUGGGGAGAUGCCACAGGAAACCUAGAUGUCCGGCUUUU